AAGUCUCAAUCAGUGCCUUUCCAAUAGCAAGUGCCAUCAAGCUGCAAUAAUUGAAGAGUACUUCCUUCCUGACCCAAUAAGAAAAUGAAUCCAGUUAUCUGUUUGGUUCUCGUUGGCUUUGCCUUGGUGUGUUCCAAUGCGAACGCAGUUCCACCAAAACUUGACGAUGGUCAGGAAUAUUUUUACCAAUCAGGUGCCGUUCAACCUAAGAACGCAGAAGGUCAACCUCGAUUGGUUUGCCACAUACCGGGCGGAAGAACCAUGUGCGAUUCGUACUGUAGAUCACUUAAAUUCAAGUACGGUUUAUGUAGAAGUGACAACAUUUGCCAGUGUUACUAUUCAUAAUAACACACCAUGCAACGAUAGAAGUCAAACUGGACAUGAAGCUGAGAAGGUGUGCUAGUUGGUGACAGUUAUCGAACCUUAGCAAGCUUUGUCCAAUAUAAUUGAUAAUAUAAAUAAACUUUGCAUUCCAUAAAACGUCAA